UCUUAUUUGUUGGUUUCAUUUGCAGCAAUCAGAUUUAGGUUCAUUCAAGGCUAUAAAUAGUAUAUGUAAUGCAAGGUUUUCGAAAUGUGAACCUCGUGAUUCAAGGCACUCAUUGGUUGUGUUGCCAUUGAUGCUUGAUUCGUUGAGUUUGAGGACAGUAAAGAGUCAGGCCAAGUGCUUUUACAGGCAGAUGGCAAGGGCAGCAGCACCAACCUGGAUUUAUGACAAUGAAACAUGUUUCCUCCCUUGAUCUUGGAGGGCUGUCCAACAGGCUCCUUGGCAUAGCUCGUUGGGUUGGCUUGAGACAACGAUUUAUAACUUGCUCCUGGUUCGGUGACAUUCAGAGCUGUUUGGGGUUCCUUUCUGGUCUGGCCCUCCUGGCAAAGCUGGCGCUCUCAACAGAGCAAGAGCAUCGUUUCCUUUCAUUCCGACCUAGGGCGAGUGCAGAAUUUGCCAAAUUACCUUGAUGCCCAUGUGCAUAGCAGCAUUCGAGACAGCUGUUACAUGUUUAUGCAGCACUUCUUCGUAGUCGCUUACUCCCGCGACAAUAGCACAAGCUUCAUUCAAUCUGUUACAAGUGUCGAUGGAGACAUAUCCGCAUGCUAGAAAACCUCGAUCAGCUUUGAUGAUGAUCAAGGGGGCUUUCAGCGCCUUGAUUUGGUAUACUCUGCCACAGAAAUCUCGUGAACGGUCUCGACCUGCACUUCCUCCUCAACAGUUUACAUUGCAACGAUAACUCACUCCAGCAUCUCUUGCAGAAUGCUCC